AUGAUUAAGAGACUUUAUUUAAAUUUAUCUUUUGUAGGAGACAAUCGAUGUUUAGGUUUUCGUAUAUAUCAUAAAUGUGAAUAUGUAUGGCUGACAUACGGAGAAACUGAACGUGCGGCUACAGAUAUUGGUAGUGCACUUAUUCGAUUGGGUGAAAAUCAUGGCCAAAAUACAUUUAUUGGUAUCUAUGCAGUUAAUAGUGUUGCAAUAUAA